GAGGUACAGCGUGGUCACGCGGCUUGUGGCUGUCAGGAUGUGUUGUUGACAGCUCUGCUGCUCGUGCUGCUGCUGCCAUGGUCGUGUUGAAGGGGAUACCUGCGCUGCUCUCUCCGGAGCUGCUUUAUGCUCUGGCUAAAAUGGGCCAUGGCGAUGAACUGGUCCUCGCCGAUGUGAAUUUCCCCGUGUCGUCUGUGUGUAAAUGCGGACCAGUGGAGAUCAGGGCUGACGGUCUACAAAUUCCAGAGCUGUUGAAAGCUACCCUGAAACUCUUCCCCUUGGACACUUAUGUCAGGAGCCCGGCUGCGGUGAUGGACCUGGUGGAGAGUGAUAAAGCACGUGGUCUGGAGGUGCCCGUCUGGAACACCUAUAUGAGCAUGCUCGAACAGGCCGGAUCACAGGGCAGUUUGGAGUUCAUGGAGAGAUUUGCGUUUUAUGAGAGAGCCAAGAAAGCCUUUGCAGUCGUGGCAACAGGGGAAACUGCGCUGUAUGGUAACCUGAUCAUAAAGAAGGGAGUCAUCGCUGCCUCUGAUCUCUGCUGAUCCUCUCGACUCCUGAUAAGGGCACUCUGCCCUCUCUUCCUUUCUCUAUUUCUCUGUCCUCCAUCUCUCUACCCCCCCCCCCUCUCUCUCUCUCUCUCU